AUGCUUUACAUUACCGUUCUGUUGGCGGUCAUCUUCUGGGUUGUCGCCAUCCUGCGGAUCCAACGAUUCCGUCUCUUAAGACUCCUGACCCCGGCCCGGCGGCAACAACGAGUUGGAGUUGAGCAGUGGACCAAAGAGCAGCGCAACAUCGCGAGCUUCGGCUACGCGGGUGAGACAACUCCCCAACAACGGCUGCGCCUGCGCGCCAGGGAGAACCGCCGGCUCAGGGCCGCGUUUGGCAUCACCAACUCGCUCACCACCGAAUCGCUCCACGAACACAAGGCCUUCCUCACGACAGCAACUCGUCUGGUGAACAACAAGAGCCGGAACUGGGAAACGCUGUACGGCGUGGCCGAAAGGUUCCUCCAAGCUGAGCUGCGAACAGCAACAACAGCAUCCGCAGACAAGAAUGGACAGCGCAGCCUGCGUCUCGCCGAAUCUGUACGGUGCAUGGUCCUGGCCGUCGUGCUCUUCGACAACUUCGGCAUCGACCCGGCCACCAUCCCGCGCGACGCCCUCGUCACCAUCACCGAGGAGAUCAACACGCAGUGGCUGCGGAGCAAAUGCGCCCCGGACGUCGUUCUCCGCUCGGGCUUGCUCAACGCCACCAUCGACUCGCUGCACCUCACGUCCCCUUCCCCGCCCCCCUUCCACCCUCCUCCCGAGCACCCGACCGCGACCGAGGUGCUCAGUCUGCUGAUGCCGCAGUACGAGACCCUCUGGCGGGUGGUGCUGCUGACCUUCGCGACGGCCUACCACCACCAGCCCGGCGCGCGCCAGGACGCGGAGCAGCGCACGGCCGCGGUGCCCUCCUGUCUGGGCGGCGGCGGCGACCGGACCCGUGAGAAGGAAGCUUUGAAGCUAGCCAAGGAAGGACUACGCCUCUACCCUUCCAACAAACACCUCUACCGCUCCCCCGCUUUAUUAGCUCCUCGGUCCCUUCUCCCCCGUCUUCUCCCUAGGUUCAACAACCAUCGGCCGCCGCUCGCAGCCGAUAUCUCGGCGCUACACCGCCACCCUGGAAUCUGGGGCAACGACCACAACAACGACAGCGACGACGACGCGGCGCAUCUCUUCCGCCCUUCGCGCUUCGACGACGACAAGCUCACGCCCGCCCAGCGCGAGGCCUACAUCCCCUUCUCGGUCGGCAAGCACAAGUGUCCGGCCGGCGCGGCGAGCGGGUUCGGCGAGAGGAUGGUUACGCUGUUGGUUGUUGCUCUGGGCCGCCGGUUGGGGCCUUCGGUGGGCCGCGUUCAGUUUGGUGGAAGAAAGGAAAAGGAGAAGGGGAAAGGGUUGCCCACGGGAAGGGAUGAGAUGGAGGGGUGGAGGUUUUGGUUUUGA